AUGCUGGUUAAGGCCACCUUGGCACCGGGGGUGAAGGCGGCUGCAGCUACCCCGCAGCAGAUCCGACAGCUGACACUGCAGAACCAGCUCUUGGCACAGCAACGCAGCAAGUUGACUGGUCAGAAAGUGGCACAGCUGGGUCAAGUCAUGGUGACGAACAAAGGAGUGCCAGCCCAGCUGAUUGUGCAGUCUCAGAAGUCUGUACCUACCACCAUGACCAUGCAGCAGAUUCAGCAGGUCAUCAAGCAUGUCCAUCCUCAGCACAUUGCUCAUGUGUCUGCGAGUGGUCAGACUGUAGCCAGUCAAGGAGCAUCUGGCCAGGUGAUCUCUCACGCCGUCCUCGCUAAGCCAGGAACCUCUCAGACUAGGGUCAUACCACAGCAGAGCAUCAAGCAGACUAUACAGGUGGUAACAGCGUCUCCAGGAGUACGCACAUCCGUGCCCAACGUGACGAUAGACUCGGCCGGUCGCCCUACAGUCAGUAUGGCCAGUGCUGCCAUCAAAGUCACCUCCGCCGCCCAGCAACAAGCCCUCCUCAACCAGGUGACAGCUGCAUUCCAGCAGGGUCAGCAGAUAGCUGUGAGACAGACUCCUGUACGGAUUCAAGCCUCAGGCUCCUCUUACUCCCCUAGUGGCAGUAGCUGUCACUCAGGCCCCCACCCUGCUUACUCUCUCCCACCCUCAACCUGACAAUAGCCAGAACCAGUAAAACGGAUAGAGGACAUCUGGACCAUUUUUGCACUGAAAUCAUGUCUUCUUUGAAUAAGUUUUUAUUGUAUUUCUUUAAGCCCAUACAUAAUUUUCUUCCAAUUUUGAAUAUGC